AUGUCCUCUCCGGGCGUAUUCUCUGGCUUCUGGAACUGGGUUGUUGGGCUCUUCUUUUCCAAGAAUGCAGAGAUAUCCGUCGUUGGCCUCCAGGCCUCUGGAAAGACAUCGUUUGUCAAUGUGAUCACCUCUGGACAAUGGAGCGAAGAGGUCGUGCCAACCGUUGCCUUCAACUUCCGCAAGAUUCGCAAGGGCAAGGUGACCUUCAAGAUAUGGGAUGUUGCUGGGCAACCGAAGUUCCGUUCGAUGUGGGAGCGCUACUGUAAUGGCGUAGACGCUAUCGUCUUUGUAGUCGACUCUACCGACUCGGAGCGCUUUGAGACGGCACGUUUCGAGCUCCAUUCACUCCUUAGUCAACCAACAUUAGCUGGGGUGCCAUUACUUGUGCUUGGCAACAAGAAUGAUGUCGAAGAUCAUGCCUCGGUGCAAGAUCUCAUCCGCGAGCUGGAAUUGAGCAAGAUCACUGGCAGGCCAGUAUCCUGCUACUCCUGCUCCAUGAAGAGCCAGCAUAACCUCGACAUCGUCAUGAAGUGGCUCAGCGAGCGCGGGCACUGA